AUGGCUCCCAUGCAGGAUGAUGAAACCCAGCAGGAGGUAGAGACACCACUACAACUCAUUUCUCAAGGCGUUUGCCUUCCUGAUAUCCCUAAGCAUCCGACCUUUGCUGCACAGCGAAAAUCCGCACACAUUUUGGACAGUACGCCCUGCAACACACCAAGGGAGAUCCUGGAGGGGAACUACAAGGCUAAUCCGUUGCAGAACCCAUUAGCAGUGCACUUCGGCCUAUUAAAAGUAAGCGACAUGAUCCUUGUGGACUACGAGGGAGUGCCGAUUGGUGGGUUUUUGAUUCACAGUGCGGUUCAUAAGGCUCGACCAGACGUUAUGGUGGCUUGUCAUACUCAUAGUCCCCAUGGUAUGGCAUGGAGUGCUUUCGGACGGCCGCUAGAAAUGCUUACCCAAGAUGCUGCCUACCUGUAUGGGGAUGCCCAGGCGGUGUAUCAGGACUUUGGAGGGGUUGUACUCACGAAGGAUGAAGGUGACCGCAUUGGUACCGCGCUAGGACCAAAGGGCAAGGGUAUGAUUCUCCAGAACCAUGGUCUUCUCACUGUUGGCUCCACGGUGGAUGAAGCAUGUUUUCUGAUGACUCUCAUGUAG